UUAUUUACAUAAGCUGAAACGACACAGCUCUACAUUGGAAUCCUGAUUGAAUCAGGCGUUUAUUCCCAGGACCCGCGCCGAAAGGAAAAUGGGCGACACCUUCACCGACGACCUGAAGGGGAAGGUGGUGCGCCAGAUUGAGUUUUAUUUCUCGGACAGCAACCUGCCCAAGGACAAGUUCCUGAAGGAGCGCAUUGCGGAGGACCCCAAUGGCUUCGUUCCGCUGAACGUCAUUUGCGCGUUCCAGCGCAUGCGUGACCUGAUCGGCGUCAAGUCCCAGUCGCCGGACGCAGUGCCUGCCGACAAGCUGCAGCAGGUGGCUGAGGCGCUGGCGGGCUCGGAGUCGCUGGAGGUGGACGAGAGCAAGACCAAGGUCAAGCGGAAGCAGCCCCUGGCUCCCGAGGCGGAGAUCGCCAAGGCGGUGGACGCGCGCAGCCUGUACGCGCGGCCCUUCCCCAUGGACGCCACCGUGGACACCAUCACCGAGCUCUUCAACGGGCACGGCACCGUCAACUGCGUGCGCAUGCGGCGCCACGUGCGCAGCAAGAUGUUCAAGGGGUCGGUGUUCGUGGAGUUCAGCAGCGUGGAGGAGGCGGAGAAGGUGCUGGCCAAGGCGGUUGAGUUCGCGGGCGCCACACUGCGUCUGCAGAAGAAGAACGACUAUCUGGAGGGCAAGCGCAAGGCACGCAAGGCAGCGGGCGGACAUAACGUCGGCUACGAGUCGGACGACAGCAAUGCCGGCCAGGGCCUGCCGGACGGUGCUGGCGGUGAGGUGGGCGGCGAGGUAGUGGAGAGCGCCAAGGCCAAGAUCAGGGAGGCACCCAAGUCGGUGGACAGGCGGCAGGGGCAGGGGCAAAAGCGCAAGCAGGAGGCUCCUGAGUACGACGAGGGCGACCUGGGCGAGGGGCCGCGCUCCAAGCGGCCCAAGCAGGAGGGAGAGGAGGCGGGGGCAGCGGCGGGCGAUGAGGACAUGGGCGAGGGCGACGGCGAGGGCGAGGAGGAGGAGGCCCCGGAGCCGGCGGAGCCCACCUUCACGCCGGGCUGCCUGAUCUCGUUCACGCUUGAAGCGGAGCUGCCGGAGCUCACGGGGCCCCGCGUCAUCUCGGACGUUCUGGGCGGCCGCGACAAGGUCAAGUUCGUGGAGCUGCUCGAGGGACGCAAGGGCGGCUUCCUGCGCUUCGCCACGCCUGAGCUGGCGGCGGCGGCGCUGGCGGAGUUUGAGGGCCGGCCCGAGGACGAGCGGGCCAUUGCCGGCAUCAAGGGCACCAUGACCAAGACCGAGGGCGACGAUGAGGUCAACUACUACAAGCGGGCGCAAGCGGCGCACGCAGCGAAGGAGGCCCGGAACGGUGGUGGCGGCGGCGGCGGCCGUGGCGGUUUCCGUGGAGGCCGCGGUGGUUUCCGUGGAGGGCGCGGCGGGCGCGGCGGGCGUGACGGCGGGCGCGGGCGUGGUCGCGGUGGGCGCGGCCGUGGCCGCGGGCGCGGGCGGCACUGAAUACCGAAGCUAACUGGCGACAGUCAGGGAACGGCAUCCAGGAGUUGUUGGUAGGCUCUGCGCCGCUUGCCCAUGAAGGCGUUUCCUGAUUGUCAGUGUCUUGCGCCAGCUUCGAAGGCAGGCGGGACCAGGUGUGAGUGCAGCAGGCGACGUUGGUACACGCUGCUUUGGAUUGUCCGGGGGGAGGAGGUAAGUAGAUAGGAUGGCCCGCAGGCUAUGCCAAGCAAGGUCAUUGGCGGGAUGGAGGUUUGGCGAUGGGAAAAAAUAGUAUAAUGGCGGUUCUAGGACAGCUCCGACUAACCCCCAACUAACUCGUGUACGGCACCCCAAACCCCCUCAGCCGUACAGGAGGUAGCGUGGCAGUCGGCAGCUGCGCGAGUGUGAGCAGGUCGUUGUACGGCGGCCCGGCUCGGAAGCUACCUGACUGUAGUAACGCACACGGGUCGUUGGCGGUUGUCGGCAGGCACGUGAGUGGGAGCUGGCAGUUGGGCGAACACGUGUGUGGGAAGCUGCGUCUGAGCACGGUGGAACACGGCGGAGGCUGGCGGUUGGCGUGGCGUGUGAGUGGGAGUGCAUAGUCGUGCGCGCGCCGUCUAGGAAGCUGCGUGUGUGAGCUGUGUGUAAACUCAGAGGGAA